AUGUACGGCUGGGCGCUGACGCUGCUGAGCAUGCUGCUGGGGGUGGGGAAGGACAUCAAGCAGCUGCGGCUGGCGCUGGACGGAAGCACUAAAAAGGGCGGCGGGCCAGCUCACUUGCUGGAGUUCUGGGGCCUCCCAAUGGCGAUCCGGGCGGUGCUGGCGCAAUGCUUGGACUCCGAGCCGACCAAAAGGCCCGCACCCUGGGAGGUGCUGCUGGACCCGGUGUUCUGCUUGGGGCGGGAGCAGAACGUGCUGGACGCAGAGCUGGCAGAGCACUGGUGGCGGGGCAACGAGCGCGCUGCGCUCACCUUUUUUAUCACCAGCUGCGUGAGGAGGCUGCGUGGGGCGGACGGCAAGGUGGACGCGCAGGCAUGUGAGGACGCGGCAAAGCAGUGCGCGGCAGCCAGCAUGGCUGAGCUGCGUGAGCGCGCUGAGGGGCUGCGGAAGGACUGGCAGGGCCCAGACCCUUGA